AUGGCAUUCACGGGGACUCAACAGAAGUGCAAGGCUUGUGAUAAGACUGUUUACUUUGCUGAAAUGAUAACAGCUGAUGGAGUUCCUUACCAUAAAACUUGUUUCAAAUGCAGUCACUGCAAUGGACUUCUUCAGAUGGGUAGGUAUUCAGCCAUUGAAGGAGUCUUAUACUGCAAGCCUCAUUUUGAGCAGCUUUACAAGGAGACUGGGAGUUUCACAAAUAAAUUUCAAGCUGCAAAAAAGCCAACACUGGGAAAAUCUCCCAGCAAACUUUCCUUUAUGUUCUCUGGAACCCAAGACAAAUGUGCAUCAUGCAAGAAAACGGCAUACCCUCUUGAGAAGGUGACAGUGGAAGGAGAGUCGUACCAUAAGACAUGCUUCAGGUGUGCUCACGGCGGUUGCUUUCUGACACCUUCAUCCUACGCCGCCUUGGACGGUGUCCUCUACUGCAAGCACCACUUUACUCAGCUGUUCAAGGAGAAGGGCUCCUACGUUCAUCUCAACAAGACUGCUUCAAUAAAGAAAAUGAACGUCCCGCCUCCACAAGACAUUAUAAAACCUGAACCAGAAGCGGAAGCAGAACCCACAUCAUGAACCUAAAUUAAUUAAAAUCCAUCUGAGUUUGGAAUUUAAUUGCCUUGUUAAUAAAACUCCAUGCA